AGGGUGCCAGCUGGGCUGAACCUGUUGGGGUUCACUCCUGGUCUGGAUGUGUACAGGGACAUGUACUCCCACAUGACUGCUUAUUGUCUCACAAACCUGGCCCUGCCCAGCAGGUUCAGGUGGAGACCCAGUCCCCCACACACACACACGCAGCUUUCCAACUGGACCAGACAGGGCUGAGGCCACAAAGGGCUGACUCUCUUGUCUGAGGGUCAGGGGUUGUGUUCAUGGAUGGAUGCACCACUUCAGCCUCUCUCUGCAGCUCAGAGCCCUGGGGCCGUGGAGGAAAUUCUGGACCGGGAGAACAAGCGGAUGGCCGACAGCCUGGCCUCCAAGGUCACCAGGCUCAAAUCGCUUGCCCUGGACAUUGAUAGGGAUGCAGAAGACCAGAACCGGUACCUGGAUGGCAUGGACUCGGAUUUCACGAGCAUGACGGGUCUGCUCUCCGGGAGUGUGAAGCGCUUCUCCACAAUGGCACGGUCUGGGCGAGACAACCGGAAGCUUCUGUGCAGUGUGGCUGUGGGCCUGAUUGUGGCCUUCUUCAUCCUCUCUUACCUUGUGUCGAGGGCAAGAACAUGAGCAAGUGGGUGCUGGCGAGCUGCUUCUUUGGGUGCCGGGGCAGUUAGGACCUCCCCCUGCUUUGUCUCCCGGGCUCCAGAGGACUUCCCUACAAAAAAUUCCUUUGAAAUUACGAUUGUGGGUCAGAAGUCUUCCUGUUGUGGCCAUGGGCUGUACUGCCUGUAACCUGUGAGCUCCUGUUGGCUGGUCCCCUCCAUGGAAGGGAUCCUUUACCCUGGAGAGAGGAGACCCAGCCCCUCCCCUCGGAGGCUAGGGAUGCUGGCAGAGCAGGAACCACAGUGGUGUGGGGAGAAGCUGUCGGGAAUCUGGAUGUGGCACCCGUGGCUGUCAGCUUGUCCCCUGGCCCUCAGGCAUCUCGAGGCUCCUCUGCCCUGGUCUUGGCCAUGUGUGGAUCUAUGGAGCACGAAGCUGCCACAAGAAGUGGCUGUGUCUUCAAACCUCACAUCAGUGCCAUCUCUUCAGCAGUAACCCAACAGCAGUUAGUCAUGGCGAAGGCUGCCAGAACAAGGGCAGUGCAGGCCAGCUCCUGCCCCAGGAUCCUCUGCUCACUCUAAUGCUUCUCCUGAAACCAGACCCUGGGGGAAGGGAAGGGAAGGGAGUGGCGGCCUGUGGAUAAGAGGCUUUGGGUUCUGGGUUGCCAGCCAGUUGUUCAGGAGCAGGAACACACACUCUGGAUGUGGAUCCACCUAGCCCUGAAGAUGGGUUCCCAGAAACCAGAUCUUCAGAAAGGCAGAGCAGGGGUGGGGUCCUUCUGUGUGCUUUUCAUAGGCCCCUCUGCAUCUGUCACCUGUUGGGGUUGCCUGGCCGUGGGUGGGUAACUUUUGCUCCUCCACCAAGCCCUGCCAUUCCUCCCACUGUGAGGGAACCUUCUUCACAGGUGCAGGCAUGUCACUCCCCACUCCAAACACCAUCACACCAACCUUGGAGCAGGUCAGACCCAACACCUGUAAGACCAAGCCAUCCAGCUCUGGACCCUCCCCUGUCCUGUCCUUAUCAUCAUCUGCUUUCUUGGCCACUCCCCGAGGCCUCGGUUCACUGUCCACCCACUUGCAAAGCCUCUUUGAGUUUGUCCAGCUCAGAACUGCUUUGACUCUGAAAUCUGAACCUGUUGUCUGCUGCAGCCUGCUGCCUGUCAGCUCCCCCAGCCUGGAUCCAGACUCCAGCCAUGCAAGCUCACCUCCCAGGCCAGGUCCUUCUGCAAGUCCUCAUCUCCUCCUCCUCUCUCCCUCCCUCCCUCACGCUCUCUCUCUCCUUCUCUCUCUCUCUCCCUCUCUCUCUCUCUCUCUCUCCCUCCUUCCUCUUCUCCCCUCUUCUUCCCCCUGUUCCAGCACUCACCCAACCCUCUGUCUCUCAUCUCACCUUUCCUCCAGGGUUAGGACUUGAGAGCCUUGAGUGUCCUGGAGCUGUCUUUCCACUUUUUUACUCCUGAGCACUCUGUUCUGAUUCUGCCUCACCAAGCGAGUCCUCAUGAGUGGACUCACCUCUGUAUCUGUGCCUAGUAUGGCCCAUGUGACUCCCAGCUCCUCUCCCUCCUUUACAGGCCCCAUGGAUGCCUCUUCUUGUUUCCCAGUGUCCUUGUGUGAUGGGGCUUUGGCUUCUGCUCACGCCACAGGAAACCUGUCCACUGCCACCUGGGCCGCAGGCACUGCUAACAGCAUGUCCAAGCCCAGCUCCUCCUCUCCCC